ACUGAAAAGCUGAGAGUGUGUGCAUGAGACUGAGAGUGUGUGUGAGGUUAUGAACAGUGGAUUGAGUGUGAGCAUCAUGUCUGUCUAUGAGACCUACGUAUUUGACAUGGACCUCAUGAACGGCUCUGAAGGAUCUGGCAUGGAUCUGGAAGACAUGGAGGAGGUUUGUGAUAUCCCGGGCAACCAGGACUUCCAAAAGUACUUCCUCCCCGCUGUUUAUGGAAUCAUCUUCAUUUUAGGAAUUGUGGGAAACGGACUGGUGGUGCUGGUGAUGGGAUUUCAGAAGAAGACCAAAAACAUGACGGAUAAGUACAGGCUGCACCUGUCGGUGGCCGAUCUACUGUUCGUGCUGACGCUGCCGUUCUGGGCCGUGGACGCCGUGAGCUCGUGGUACUUUGGGAAGUUUAUGUGCGUCGCCGUGAACAUGAUCUACACCGUGAACCUGUACAGCAGCGUCCUCAUCCUCGCCUUCAUCAGCCUGGAUCGGUAUUUAGCCGUAGUACGCGCGACAAACAGCCAGACGACGAGGAAGCUCCUGGCCGAGCGCGUGAUCUACGUGGGGGUCUGGCUCCCGGCCAUGCUCCUCACUGUUCCUGAUCUGGUGUUUGCUAAAGUCGAGCAAACCAGUACUCAUGCCAUCUGCGAUCGCUUCUACCCUAGCGACAACAACACGACGUGGAAGGCGGUGUUCCGUUUCCAGCACAUCCUUGUGGGAUUCGUGUUGCCCGGUUUGGUCAUCCUGAUCUGCUACUGCAUCAUCAUCUCCAAGCUCUCAAAAGGCUCUAAGGGCCAGACGCUGAAGAGGAAGGCUCUGAAGACCACCAUCAUCCUGGUGCUGUGCUUCUUCGUCUGCUGGCUGCCCUACUGCGCCGGCAUCCUGGUGGACACGCUGGUCAUGAUCAAGCUGAUUUCGGCCGGAUGCUAUCUGGAGCGUGUGCUGCAGAAGUGGAUCCUCAUCACAGAGGCGCUCGCGUACUUCCACUGCUGCCUCAACCCCAUCCUGUACGCCUUCCUGGGGGUGCGCUUCAGCAAAUCGGCACGGAACGCCCUGAGCAUCAACAGCAGGUCCAGCCAGAAGGUCCUCACCAAGAAGCGAGGACACGUGUCCUCGGUGUCCACCGAGUCCGAGUCCUCCAGCGUCCUCUCCAGUUAGCACAGAGGAACUCGUACUGCUUUUUUUUUCUUCCUCUAUCAGACUGUUUGGACAGGUUUUAAAGCAUCUGAAGUUGACACUCACCUCCAUGACCAAAAGGACUAAACUUUUUUUUAAACAACUACACAAUUUUUUUAAGUGCACAAUGUAAAAUAGUUUAAACACUGUAUUCAUUUGUUAUAUUUAUCUGCAAAAAAAAAUUUCUUGGCAAGCUAAGACAUUUUGUAUGUCAGCAAUUCAGUUUGUUUUUGGAUAUGUUGGACUUUAACGUGUGUUUAGACUCACGGUUUUAUAACAAUGCGGAGUUUUACAACCAAUGCAAAUUUGGUUUAAAACAGAAAACCUUUUUUUGUUUAUUAGCUGCAAUUAGUUAAUGUUAGCAAAGAUUAGCCAAAAGCUACAAUCCAGAUGUUUUUUUUUUCACAUGAAUGUAUAACUGUUUACUAGUGAAAUCUGUUAAAAUCAUAGGUUUAUCCUUUAGGUUUAGAUUCCAGUUCAGUCUUUAGUCAGUUAGAGCACAAAUCACCUGCUUCCUAGUGUACAUGAGGUGUGUGUGUGUGUGUGUGUGUGUGUGUGUGUGUGUGUGUGUGUUCUCUCACACUGUAAAUAUGGUGUACAUAGUUUAAACGUGUGUCUGCACUUAUUCUUUUUCCUUUAAUUUUUUGCUGUUGAUCUAUUUAUUAAAGAAACAGUAGCUCACACUGAUCCUUUAGCGUGAUGGUGUUUUUGAAGUGACUCGUUGUUCUGAAUAAAAAGCUUGAUGUCCAUG